AUGUCUAAAGCACGAAGGUGUGAUCAUCUAAAUGGGUUCAACAGCUUGAAAAGCAAUGUGGGAAUGAAGUUAUCAACUGUCCGAAGAUCUAAUCUUCUUUAUGAUCCUUCUGAUGUUAAAAAUAUCGUUGUGAAGAGACAAGUACCGAGUGUAUUAGAUCUUCUUCACAAUAAACCUCUCAGUCCUCCUACAUCUAAUGAGUUCGCCGUGAAGAGACCAACACCUGGAGGACCAGAUCCUCUUCACAAUGAUCCUCGCAACCCUCUUCCCUCUAAUGAGUUCGUGGUGAAGAGACUAACCCCUGGAGGUCCAUAUCCUCUUACCAAUAAACCUCUCAGUCCUCCUGCCUCUAAUGAGUUCGUCGUGAAAAAACUAACACCUGGAGGUCCAUAUCCUCUUCACAAUGAUCCUCGCAGCCCUCCUGCCUCUAAUGAGUUCGUCGUGAAGAGGUUAACACCUGGAGGACCAUAUCCUCUGCACAACGACCCUCGCAACCCUCCUGCCUCUAAUGAGUUCGUCGUGAAAAGACUAACACCUGGAGGUCCAGAUCCUCUUCACAACGACCCUCGCAGCCCUCCUGCCUCUAAUGAGUUCGUCGUGAAAAGACUAACACCUGGAGGACCAGAUCCUCUUCACAACGACCCUCGCAGCCCUCCUGCCUCUAAUGAGUUCGUCGUGAAAAGACUAACACCUGGAGGACCAGAUCCUCUUCACAACGACCCUCGCAGUCCUCCUGCCUCUAAUGAGUUCGACAUGAAGAGACUAACACCUGGAGGUCCAGAUCCUCUUCACAAAGACCCUCGCAACCCUCCUGCCUCUAAUGAGUUCGUCGUGAAAAGACUAACACCUGGAGGACCAGAUCCUCUUCACAACGACCCUCGCAGCCCUCCUGCCUCUAAUGAUUUCGUCGUGAAAAGACUAACACCUGGAGGACCAGAUCCUCUUCACAACGACCCUCGCAGUCCUCCUAUCUCUAAUGAGUUCGUCGUGAAAAUACUACCUCUUGGAGGACAAAAUUCUAUUCACAAUAAACCUUUCAAUCCUCCAAAUUUUAACGAGUUGAUUACGAAGAAAUAA